AUGACCGACGCCGAGCCCUCCUCCCCCUCCUCCGCCGCCUCCGCCGACUUUUCAUGCGCCGCCGUCUGCUCCACCUCCGCCACCGCGGCCGAGGCCAGCCCGCCGCCGUCGUCGGUGUGCUCCGCCUGUGGUGGCCCCACCGCCUCCAUCUCCUCUGCCGCCGGCCGCCACUUCCUUGGCUUCGUCGCCGAUCUCUCCCACUCUGUCCGCGGCCGCAAGAUCUCCGCCACUUUCCUUCUUUCAAUAUUCUGUGCCUUUAUCAUGAAUGAGUGCAGAAAUAAUCAUUUUUAUGAUGAAUCUCGAAGGGUCAGGCUGAAGUCAACAAAAAAUGUAUUAAACAUUUCUAAGCUAAAAAAAAAUGAUCUAUCUGCAGGAUGUUUAGAACAUGAAACUUGCAAAGUCUCCUUCGCACCUGAUAAAGGAUUUGUAGAUGCAUCUGCAAAUUUGUCUCCAGAGUUAUGUGUUGAAGAUCAUAGUACACUUGGAAGCCUUGGAUUGUCUAUUGAAAGGUCCUUUGAAGCAUUCCGUCCACUUCAAACAGGUAAUAUCAGUUCUAAUAACAUCAUUUCAGAUGGUGAAGCUGUGGCUGCCGCAUCUCGGAGACCAGCUUCCUUGCCUUUAGAACCUACUCAUGUAAGAGCGGGAGGUGAUCUGAAGUCAUGUGAUCCUGCCGUUCUUAUUUUAGAUGAAAAUAAGGAUGUGGAAGAGCCCUCAAAAGCCAAGGAACAACUUGAGAAUAUUUUUGUUCCUGAUGACUCUCAUAUUCCUGUUUCUACAGCAAUGAAGCAUGAUGGGCCGAAGAGACCAUCACCCCCAUACGAAGCCAAUCCUGUUCGAAGAUGGCUGGAAUUACUCAAGUGCGCACAGAGGAAGAAUUGGAAGAUGCCAUUACGAAGGCCACUGAGGAGCAGAAAGACAGCUUGUGCUUUAUUGAGGUCAUGGUGCAUAAAGAUGAUACAAGCAAGGAGCUCCUGGAGUGGGGAUCAAGAGUCUCGGCAGCCAACAGUCGCCCUCCAAAUCCACAAUAGCCUGUUGAGUUCGCCACAAAAAUCUGGUUACAUGUAAUCGCUGCUAGGGAAAAGAACGUCUGUGUCAGAAUUCGAAAAGGCAGGGGUUCACUCGAUGAGAGGGAAACUGCUUAUGCCCCUUUUGUUCCUCAAGCAGUUCUUCCUUCGAGCUAUACUGCUAGAGAGAGAGAUGUUAGUGCUGAUAAAACAUCUGAACAGCGUGCUCUGCUUGUGGAAUCUAGAAGAAACAGGUUGUAGAUCUGUGUAUCGGAAGAGCCGUGUGGCAGCAGUUUCUUCAGAGCUUAUCUGUCCUCUCACUUGCAGCCCAUUCCCUUCUGUUGGCAUCCCCUCCUGCACCUGCGACGAUGACCCAUGCCCAACACUCGAACCUGAAGGAGAAACUCAAGCACAAUCCCCUUGUCACUCACGGAGCGCACCAAACGAGCUGGACAAAAUGGAAGAGCAGAGAUUUGAUAGAGCGAGCUGCUCAGGUAUCUUCUGGAAUAGAAGAAGCUGCCAUAGAGAACACCAAUGCAAUUCAGAGAUAAAUGCUUGAUUUGGCUUUUGCUUGUGAAUAAUCCAGUUCAUAGAAUCGCAAUGAGAGAGAUGACUGGCUAUUGUUUUUUUAGUGGCUUGCCCCAUUAUACAUCUUCUGUGCUUCAGCUAUGUAUAUGUUAUUUGCUUUCUCUUGGUAUUUCAGUAGUCAGCUGCAGCCUCCAAAUCUUUCAGGUAAUUUGAAGGUUAGGAUUGAUGGUCUUGUAGUUUGUUGUAAAUUAUUGUAUCAGGUCCAUGCCUUUAUUUGUUGGCAAAUCAUUGGAUUUCUGAUUACAUUCAGUAAUCAAACCAGCAAUAGUUUCUUAUCACUUAAUGUAGCAAGUUUGAGUUGCCUA